AUGGAGCCGCUGUUCACUGGGGUCUCCAAUAAUGCCCGACACCUCUACACUUUGCUCUCCUGCAUCGGCUUUGCCUCAAAGGCAACGGUUCAGAUCACCCCAGAUGGUCUACGUUUCUCAGCAGAAGAAGGCCGAGUCAUCCAAGGAUUAGCAUUCCUUGACAAAUCUCUCUUCACCAGCUAUACCUUCAAGCCAUCGAAAGAGCACAACCCUCAACACGGAGAGUCCAACGAAGAUGCAGAGUCUUCUGGUGAAGUGGAAUAUCCCCAUUUUCUCGUCUCGCUCUCCGCUCUUCUUGAGACACUGAAGAUAUUCGGGAUCAAUGACUUGACCGAGCCCAAUGGCUCCCGAGACACCAAUCUCCCUCAGACCAAUCCAGCUUCAAGUGCAUUCAGUGCACCAGCCCUGCUCAUGGACCGCUCAUGCACCCUCCAAUACACACAACAUGGUGCUCCUCUUAGUAUUGCCAUCACUGAAGCGGGUGUGAAAACGACAUGCGAGCUGGUUACUUACGAGCCAGAAGACGCUGAAACCGACAUACCACUGCAACGCGAUGCUAUAAUUAUGAAGAUCAUCAUGCGCUCCGCCUGGCUGCACAAUGCCAUUGCCGAGCUCGAUUCGUCAACUCCCACCAUUCUCAAACUGUCCGCCUGUGCCGACCGGGAACCGUACUUUGCUCUAACAGGUGCUGGCGGUCCCUUCAGUGAGUCCACGGUCGAGUUCUCCAUCGACCAACACAACGAAAUCACUGGUGGUGCUACACAAGGGGACCACGCAUCACAAGCCCACAAGGUCCUAACGGAUGAUGGAACUUCGCGGCCACGUGCGACCAGAGCCAAGGCAGCACCCACUGUCACAGAGACAUUCCAAGUAUCACCGCCAUCAUCUAUGGGGGAGCGGAUUCGACAAAGCUAUCGAUUUGCACUCGUCAGAAAGGCAGCCCGAGCCAUGGCUGUUGCUAACAAAGUUAGCAUCCGUGGUGACCGACAGGGAGUGCUAAGCUUCCAAUUUAUGGUUGAUCUUGACGAUAAUACACCAACUGGAAGAUCCGUUGGUGCUGGUGUCAGGGCGCUGGCGGGUCCAAGAUGUUUUGUGGAUUUUCGAUUUGUACCGCUUCUUGAUGAAGAAGAGGCUGAGAUGGAUGCACUCGAUACUGAAGAAUAA